AUGCGCGUCCUCGCGUCCCGUCUUGCAACUCGCCACGUUCGGCUGACACGGCCAAAGACAACGAAAUUGCCGGAUCGUAAAAUCGGUGAAAAGCCGCCAGACAGCAUCAACGACGGAGUACAGUGGCUCGUUGGAGUUGCCGAGCAGAAGCUAGCCAGGAAGGGAUAUGAGGCGGCGGCCACAGAGUUUUCAGAGGCGGACACCGAUGCGAGCGGCAGGAUUGACAAGGAAGAGCUGAGGGUCGCAUUGAUCAGGGCGGGCCGGCCUGCCUCGGAUGAGGAUGUUGACGCCGAAUUUGCCAAGCUCGACAAGAAUAAGGACGGCAAGAUUAGCCCCUCUGAAUUCCUCUUCAAGGGAGGGGCAAAAGGCGGACUGAUGCCGUCGUCUGGCGCCAAAGCUGACAAAAGGGGCAAGGAGAUAGUGACGCACGGCGAGGGCCGCGAGGGAACGCCAAAAGCACUAAAAAGCACAACGUCGAAUGAAACACCGCCCCCAACAUGCAAGCUCACCACGUAUCAGCGUAGCGGGCUGGGCGAUGAUACGUGCAAUUGCUUCAGGGUGGUGGUUUCCCGGGAUCAUUGCCGCGAUGUGACGGUUGCGGUCCGGCGUGCCAGGCGGGCUGCGUACCUGCUGCGCUUUCACGGAAUAUGUGUCGCUAAUGCGUACCUCGCCACGCAGCCGAGGGACCUGCAGCAGCUGGUGGAGGAAUACAGCGGAGGGCUCCAUGAUCAGAGGGGAACGAGGGUGUUCUACCAGGUUCCCGAGCGCGGAGAGCGAGGCCGGGUGUGGCAGGCGUACCCGGGGGACCGCAACCCGCUGAGGAUGAGCCGCUCCAGACUUUAG